AUGCUAAGAAACGAUCCGGAUAAUCCUGGCUUGAGUCUUAGCGGGUCGAAAGCCGACCAGCAGCACAGGCGGGAAGUGUUCGGUUCCAACUUGAUUCCGCCCAAGCCGCCCAAGACCUUCCUAACGCUCGUGUGGGAAGCUUUGCAGGACGUCACGCUCAUUAUCCUGGAGGUAGCUGCUGUGGUCUCGUUGGGCUUGAGUUUCUACAAACCGUCCGAAGACGAAAGUGAUAUUGGACACAUUGAUGAAGAGGAGGGCCACUACCAGUGGAUCGAGGGUCUCGCUAUCUUAAUAUCAGUUAUAGUUGUCGUCAUAGUAACAGCGUUUAAUGAUUACACGAAAGAAAGACAGUUUAGAGGUCUCCAGUCUCGGAUAGAAGGUGAGCACAAGUUCGCGGUGAUACGAAGCAGCGAAGUAAAUCAGGUACCGAUAAGUGAAAUAGUGGUGGGGGACAUCUGCCAGAUCAAGUAUGGAGACCUUCUACCCGCUGAUGGCGUACUGCUGCAGAGUAACGACUUAAAGAUCGACGAGUCUUCGUUAACGGGUGAAUCGGACCAUGUGAAGAAGGGAGAAUCGUUUGAUCCCAUGGUGCUAUCCGGUACACACGUUAUGGAAGGCUCAGGAAAAAUGCUAGUAACCGCAGUGGGAGUGAACUCGCAAGCCGGAAUUAUUUUCACCCUUUUGGGUGCAGCCGUCGACAAGCAAGAGAAGGAGAUCAAGCAGAUGAAGAAAGAAGCUAAAAAGCAACGCAAGGAGACGCAGCGCAAGAGCCUCACGGGUGACGACGACGCGUUGCCGGCCGCCGCGAACCACGCCCACCCCGACGACAACCACGUGGCUCCCUCCGGAGACAAACCGGCGCCGGAAGCCUCUCACAAAAAGGAGAAGUCCGUGCUGCAGGCCAAGCUCACCAAGUUGGCCAUUCAGAUCGGGUACGCCGGGUCGACGAUAGCCGUGCUGACCGUGAUAAUCCUCAUCAUCCAAUUCUGCGUGCAAACAUUCGUGAUAGAGCAGAAGGUGUGGAAGGCCACGUACAUCAACAACCUGGUCAAACACCUCAUCAUCGGAGUGACCGUGCUGGUGGUGGCCGUGCCUGAAGGUCUACCGCUGGCAGUCACCCUGUCGCUCGCUUAUUCGGUCAAGAAAAUGAUGAAAGACAACAACCUGGUGCGCCACUUGGACGCCUGCGAGACCAUGGGCAACGCCACGGCUAUUUGCUCCGACAAGACCGGAACUCUCACCACCAACAGGAUGACGGUGGUCCAGUCGUACAUCUGCGAGAAGCUGUGCAAGGUCACCCCUCACUUCAGGGACAUCCCGGCCGACGUCGGAGAGACGAUGAUCGAGGGCAUAUCCGUCAACAGCGCUUUCACCUCCAGGAUCAUGCCCUCCCAGGACCCGACGGGACCUCCGAUGCAAGUGGGAAACAAGACGGAGUGCGCCCUCCUAGGGUUCGUCUUAGGCUUGGGGCAGAGCUACGAAGCGGUUCGCGAACGACACCCGGAAGAGUCGUUCACGCGCGUGUACACGUUCAACUCGGUUCGGAAAAGUAUGUCCACGGUCGUCCCGCACAAGGGCGGAUAUCGGCUCUACACCAAGGGUGCUUCCGAAAUUGUACUUAAGAAAUGUGCGUUCAUCUACGGUCACGAGGGUCGCUUGGAGAAAUUCACGAGAGACAUGCAGGACCGGCUCGUGCGACAGGUCAUCGAACCCAUGGCCUGCGACGGACUUCGGACCAUUUCCGUGGCCUACAGGGACUUCGUGCCCGGAAAGGCUGAGAUCAACCAGGUGCACAUAGACCAGGAGCCGAACUGGGAGGACGAAGACAACAUCGUCAACAACCUCACUUGCCUCUGCGUCGUCGGCAUCGAAGACCCCGUCAGACCCGAGGUGCCCGAAGCCAUCCGCAAAUGUCAGAAGGCGGGCAUAACGGUCCGCAUGGUCACCGGCGACAACGUGAACACGGCUCGCUCGAUCGCCGUCAAGUGCGGCAUCCUCAAGCCCACCGACGACUUCCUCAUACUCGAGGGCAAAGAGUUCAACACUCGGGUGCGGGACGCCAACGGAGAGGUCCAGCAGCACCUGCUGGACAAAGUGUGGCCGAAGCUGCGCGUGCUGGCCCGCUCGUCUCCCACGGACAAGUACACCCUGGUGAAGGGCAUGAUCGAAUCUAAGGCCUUCGACAAACGGGAGGUGGUGGCCGUGACGGGCGACGGCACCAACGACGGGCCCGCGCUCAAGAAGGCCGACGUCGGAUUCGCCAUGGGCAUCGCGGGCACGGACGUGGCCAAGGAGGCCUCGGACAUCAUCCUGACGGACGACAACUUCUCCUCGAUCGUGAAAGCCGUGAUGUGGGGUCGUAACGUGUACGAUUCCAUCGCCAAGUUCUUGCAGUUCCAACUCACCGUCAACGUGGUGGCCGUCAUCGUGGCCUUCAUCGGCGCCUGCGCCAUUCAGGACAGUCCGCUCAAGGCGGUCCAGAUGUUGUGGGUGAAUCUCAUAAUGGACACCUUGGCGUCUCUGGCGCUGGCCACGGAGAUGCCGACCCCUGACCUGCUCCAGCGAAAGCCUUACGGCAGAACCAAGCCUCUCAUUUCCCGCACUAUGAUGAAGAACAUCCUCGGACAAGCGGUCUACCAGCUCUUUAUCAUCUUCUCUCUGCUCUUUGUCGGCGACAGGAUGCUGAACAUCCCGUCCGGGCGCGGCCAGGCCUUGGGCACGGAGCCCACCCAGCACUUCACCAUCAUCUUCAACACCUUCGUGAUGAUGACGCUCUUCAACGAGAUAAACGCCCGAAAGAUCCACGGCCAGAGAAACGUCUUCGAGGGCCUCUUCACCAACCCCAUCUUCUACUCCAUCUGGAUCGGCACCGCCUUCUCACAGGUCAUAAUAAUCCAGUUCGGCGGAAUGGCCUUCAGCACGGCGGGUCUAACCUUGGAGCAGUGGCUCUGGUGUCUAUUCUUCGGAGCCGGAACCCUCGUCUGGGGACAGCUCGUCACCAGCAUCCCCACCAGGAAGAUACCCAAGAAACUCUCUUGGGGCCGCGGCCAGCCGGACCCCGAGUCGCUCCAACCGGGGCCGGACUACGACUCCGACCUCGACAAGAAGCCCCGAGCGGGACAGAUCCUCUGGAUCCGGGGCCUCACGCGCCUUCAGACACAGGUACGCACUCCGGGCGACCGCGGGGCCUUAGGUGACGGGACGGGGGUCCCGGGGUUUGAUUAA